ACUAUAAAAUCAACAUGACUUACAUUAUGCCUUAGUGAGAUAUAAAUGCAUCUAAUCAUAAUUUAUUCAACAAGCCAUUAUUACAGCAUGUCAUCAUAUGAACUCUGAUUUCAGUUCACCAUCUCUAUUCAAAUAGUUCUUUCUACCAGUCAUUGUGUACCAAAGUAUACAGUGGUACGAAAAUUGUAUCACUUUAAUUAUACAAAUUUGAAUUUAAAAUUCCCAGAAAACUGCAGUCUCUUUCCUAAUAUUUAAUAAGAGAUUGCAGUUAAAAGUUAAAUUAAAAAUUUAGUGUAUUUCAGCAUUCUCUAGAUUCGUAUUUGAUUUGAUUCUAAAGGAGAAUUAAAACUUAAGAAUUCAUUAUUGUUUCGGCAGUGCAGGAAUAUGGGCCAUCAUUUUUUAAAAAAAUAGUAAUGCAAAUAGUAAUGCAAACAGUCCUUUUUUAGCAACCAGGAUUGGGUCUGGCAACUCGAUUUUUAAACAAAGUGGUUGCUAAGUGAAACUGCUUACAAUCUCACUGCAGCUUUCCUUUGCUUUGCAGGUCAUAAAUGUGAGGAAAAGUUACUUUUUCAUCACCACUGUAACUGCAAAUGGUGAUUAAAAGAGGUCUGCCUGUAAGCAACCUAUGGGCUAUUCCAAGUCAUACCAAUGGGAAGGUUCCAAAUAAAUUCUGUUUAAAAUUGGCAGGUUUUAAUCACAAUUCGCUUGGUCGGCUGACCUCUCAGUGAGCUUCAAUUCAGUCUAUUUGUCCCCAAUGUUGCAUUUCAAGCUUUUUGAGUAAAGCUGACUGAAAUUCCGGGCCUUGCUUCUUCGGCCACAGAAUAUCAUAGCUGGUCUGCACUUUCAAAUCCAACUCCCUGCCCAUCGCCUCGAAAUAACCACGAGCCAGGUUGAGGCUUUGGAAACUUUAUCCCCUUUUUUCCGUGUCUGGGAAAAGCUGCCAGAGCGCUUCGGCACGCAGGCAUCGCCAAUCGCGGGACGCGUUCCCACGUUUUCAACAAGUUAAACUAGGGUUGUGAACGCGAAGCCGUGCCUCGCAUUUUAAUCCAGAGGGGGUGGCUGAACUAGAUCAGUGUCCUUUGACUUUCACGUUUUGGAAGUAGCCGCUCGCGGUGGAGGCGGGCGCUUCGCUCCCGAGCACCAGAUGGAGCACUUGAACAGCAAACUUUCCGAGUGCCCUGCCAUUGGUUGAGGUUGGGCCAAUCGCGAGCGCCCUCGGCAAACAAUGCAACUUUCUCCCCUGCUCAGUGCGGGUUCCUUUCUAUUUUUUUUUCUCCUCUUUUUCUUCCCCUUCUUUUUCUUUAUUUCCUCUUCUGUUGUUCCCCGUUCGCGCGGUCCUCCUCCAGCGUCUUGGUUCCGAUCGGCUGCGCGGGUGGGGAGAAGCGGAGGCCGGGCGCAGGUGGAUCCGCCUGGAGAGGCGUUAGCGGCUGUGGCUUCUGAGGGAUGGAGCUGGCUGGGAUUGCCGAGCCUCGCCGCUGAUCUCGAGCGCCGGCAACGAGGAUUGGCCCCAUGGUUCACUGCCCUUCUUGACCCGUGCGUGUGAAGCCAGCAAAGAAGCUUAACGGAUCUCUCCUGCGCGCUCCCGAAGGGAGGCAGCAGCCGGGAGGAAGGGUCCACCCAUGCCAGGACUGCACCCAGCGUUGGGCACUACCGCUAAAACGAGCAACCACAGUAGCAGCUCCUCCAGCGCUCACGACUCCGAUUCUCUUUUCUCCUCCCCAGAUGGAAUUAAAGGGCGAACGGCAGAGGAGAAGGGCGUGAGCCUGGCCGAGAAGAGCGGCGCCUCUAGCCAAGGAGGUGCUGUGAAGCUCUGCGUCUCCCUGCAGGUUCCCCAGACCAUCCCCAUGGACCUGCGGAUUGGACAGCGUCUUGCCAAACCCAGCCCAGAUACUGCCUUACUGGCCCUGAAGCAGACACAGCAGCUACAGCACCAGUUCUUCCUAGCAAGCUUGCAUCAACAGCAAGUGGAACAGCUUACUCGCCCGCACUUGCGGGUGCCCAUGGAUCCCCCGCCCCAAGACACCGUCCCUGGAAAACAGGAACAUGAACUGCGACUGCUCUUGAAUAAAGACAAAAGCAAACGCAGUGCUGUAGCAAGUAUGGUUGUGAAACAGAAGCUGGCAGAGGUCAUCCUGAAAAAACAACAAGCUGCUCUGGAAAGGACUAAUGCUCCCAUCAUGCCAUACAGGUCCUUGGAGCCAAUGGAACAUGAAGGCCCACCAAAUCCUAUGCUCCCUACUUUCUUUCCUCCUGUCCCCAACAAUUCCAGAGAUUCUCCAGAGCACUUCCCACUGAGAAAAACAGCCUCUGAGCCCAACCUGAAGUUGCGCUGUAAAGCUAAAAAAACCGAACGGCGCAAAAACCCAUUGACCCGGAAGGAAAGCGCCCCCCCUUCCUUGAAAAGGCGCCCGGCAGAAGCCAUUGAUUCAUCCCCCAGCAGCAGCAGCACCCCAGUCUCUGGAUGCAGUUCACCCAAUGACAGUCUGGUGCCAGAACAUGGAGCCACACCAGGGCUUAUUCAAGAGGCCCCACUAGCUCAGCGCCUGAGAAUGCAGGAAAGCUCACUGGCUCAGUAUGCUCUUCAGACCAGUAGCUCUCUCCCAGCCCUCACCCUUGGACUACCAGCUCCUUCUGCAGCAUCUGCCAGGGGGGAUGGUGAUCACAGGGCACACCCAGGCCUUGCGCAUAAGGUGCCUGUCCUGACUAGCACUCACACACCCAUGUUCCUACCUGCCAACCUGGAGCAACACGAACCUGGAAGACCUCUGUCCCCUCGACUUCAUCCUGUUAUCAUUCUGGAGCCCUCGCUUACACACACUCCUCUGGUUACAGUUCCAGGGCUGGGAUCAGUCCCCUUUCACUUCAGCCCUUCAGUGCUUCCUUCGGAGCGGCUGCCGAUGCCGAUGAUCCAUAAGCCCUUGGGACGGACCCGCUCGGAGCCCCUGCCGUCCAAUCCCAGAACGGUGCAGCAGCAGCUGGCCUACCAGCAGCACCACGCUUACUUCCUGGAGCAUCUGAAGCAGCAGACCCAACUGGGAAAGCGCAUGGCCAAAUCCAGCGAGAAGCCUCGCCUGCAGCAGAUCCCCUCUUCCGAAGACAUGGAGGCCGAGGCAGGAGAAGACCCAUGUGAGCAGCCCCAAGCCCAGGGGGAGCCUUCACCGUCAGGAGGCGGCAGCAAGGAAGCAGAAAGGAUCUCCAGGUUGGGUCAGCAGCCUCGAGAGGAGCUGGUCCUUCAACAGGCCCAUUAUAUCUGGGAACAACAACAGCGUAUGCCACAGCAACAACUCCUCCGCAGGCAGCCUGCCGACUCGUUGCUGACCCCAGCCACACGGGGAGGCCAUCGACCCCUCUCCCGGGCUCAUUCCUCACCUGCCCCGGCCACCGCCUGUCUACCUAGCCAGGACACGUCUUCCAAGGCUAUCCCACUCCCAGUGCAAGAACAGACCAUCAAACCCCGCUUCACCACAGGGAUCGUGUAUGAUUCGGUCAUGCUGAAACAUCAGUGUUCGUGUGGAGACAACAGCAACCAUCCUGAGCACGCAGGCCGAAUCCAGAGCAUCUGGUCUCGCCUACAGGAGCGUGGCCUACGCAACCAGUGUGAGUGCCUUCGAGGACGCAAAGCCACUUUGGAGGAGUUGCAGUCCGUUCAUACUGAGCGUCACGUGCUGUUAUACGGCACCAACCCUCUCAGUCGCCUGAAGCUGGACAAUGGCAAAUUGGCAGGAAUCCUGUCCCAGCGGAUGUUUGUCAUGCUGCCCUGUGGUGGAGUUGGGGUGGAUAGUGACACCAUUUGGAACGAGCUGCACUCCAGCAAUGCUGCACGGUGGGCAGCUGGGAGCGUGACUGAGCUGGCCUUCAAAGUGGCCAGUCGGCAGCUUAAGAACGGCUUCGCAGUUGUACGGCCUCCAGGACACCACGCUGAUCCCUCCACAGCAAUGGGUUUCUGCUUCUUCAAUUCGGUGGCAAUUGCAGCCAGGCAGCUCCAGCAAAAAGGAAAAAUCGGCAAGAUAUUGAUUGUCGACUGGGAUGUUCACCAUGGUAAUGGGACACAGCAAGUUUUCUACAGAGAUCCAAAUGUCCUCUACCUCUCCUUGCAUCGCUAUGAUGAUGGUAACUUCUUCCCUGGUAGCGGAGCAGCUGAUGAGGUGGGCUCCGGGGCCGGAGAAGGUUUCACUGUCAAUGUUGCUUGGACAGGAGGUCUUGACCCUCCCAUGGGAGAUCCAGAGUACUUGGCGGCUUUCCGGACGGUGGUGAUGCCAGUUGCCCAAGAGUUCUCCCCGGAUGUGGUGCUGGUAUCUGCAGGCUUUGAUGCAGCCGAUGGCCAUCCUCCUCCACUAGGGGGUUACAAAGUCUCAGCCAAAUGUUUUGGUUAUAUGACCAGGCAAUUGAUGAAUGUGGCUGGUGGGGCUCUCGUUCUAGCCCUGGAAGGAGGCCAUGACUUGACUGCCAUUUGCGAUGCCUCAGAGGCCUGUGUGUCUGCUCUGCUGGGUAACGAGCUUGAGCCUCUUCCAGAAGAGAUCUUGCAGCAGAAACCUAGCACUAAUGCUGUGCACUCCUUGGAGGCAGUAAUCCAGGUGCAAAGCCAGUACUGGAGCUCUGUACGUCGUUUUGCCUCCACUGUAGGAUAUUCAGUUUUGGAAGCCCAACGUCACGAUGUGGAAGAGGUGGAGACAGUGACAGCACUGGCCUCACUUUCUGUAAUGGCAGAAAAAAAGCGGCAAGGAGAACCAAUGGAAGAAGAACCCAUGAACCAAUGAAGAGCUGUUCUAUCAUCCACCAAGAACACAUAAUUCAUUGUGGCUUGUUACUUGUAUCACAGUCCUGGCACAGCCCAUAUUACCCUCAGCCACAAAGCUGGAAAACUGACUCCAAGUGCAGGCAGAGAGGCUCUGCAGAAGGAGGCAUGUGGCAGACCUUCCAGGAUUAAUAGCUAUCCCUGGGGUGUUACCAUGUGCACUAUUCUGCCAAUGCAAGCAACAGAAAUAGAGGACACAGGAGAGCAGCUAUAUGGACUGCCAAACUGGACAUUUUACUCGGAUGUCGGGGUGGUGCCUUUCCCCUCCAGAACCAAAGAUGUCCAUAGAGUGAUCCUGCUGUACAGGAGCCCAAGUCAUUCUCUUUUUUAAAACAAAACUUGGUCCCUCGGUUGAGGAUGUCCCAUCAUCAAAGGAGCUGGACUGUGCAUGGAGAAGACAAAUAUUUGAUGUCAGACGAUAACCAACAUCUUUAUACAACUGACCCAGCCCAGUUUCUAUUAACCACUGCCCCAAUUACACCUUUUUGGUCUUGGACCUUCCUAAUUUGCACUAUUACACAGAUCACACAGGCACAAACUUUGUUCUAUCUUCCAUAGGAUUUUGUGGGAACAAAUUGCACCUCCUUGUGGACUUGAGUCCUUGACUUGACCAUUCCUCCAGCAUCAAGGCACUAUGAAAAUGCAUAACCGUGUGGUGCUUGUGGCUGGUUGGUUUUGUCCAGAUCCAUAAAAAUAGGCAGCCUUAUUCCAAAGAGUAAACUUAAGGUGUGGGGAAUGGGGGAUGGAUACUGUGAGCAAGAUAGAUUGUUCCUCUAUUACCCCAACCAGUAUGUGGCAUUUGAAUUCCCUCUAACUUUCAUUUUUGGGGGAUUUCUUUUUCUGUACCUGUUAAAGCAACAACACAAGUGCCUAUGCAAGGGCCUCAUUAUUCAAAUGAGGAGUUAAUAUCUUCCAUAACUAUAUCCAAUCUUCAUGGAAUAAUGGAAGAUAGCUAAUUCUAAUUUCAUCAGAGAGGCGGCUGAUGCUGGCACAACCAGUUUUCUACGGAUGAAAGGCACUUCAUGUGAAAUGUGCAUAUCUGUUUUGCUUUCGUAUCCAUUGCUGUCUGCAUGUGCUGGAAAGUUGCGUUCAGUCGCAGCCUCCCAGUGUGUGAGUGAGAGGCACCCAUGACAACGAUCCACACAUUCCUAAAUUGAAGCAUCUUCCACGCGGGACAUUUGUCAUGUUCAAAGGGGUCUUUCUUACUGCUCGUAGUGAGAUUGUGUGUUUGGGGGAGGCCGGGCAAGGUAUGGAAGAAGGAUGUAAAAUAUAUACCAUGUGCUGGAUCUAAGCCACCCAGUAAAUUGAGCCUUUGCUAUAGUC